GCGUGUCCUUCGCUGCGGUAUCUUUGGCAUAGCUCACCCUCGAACUCAUUCCAAGUCCUCGAGAUCGUGCCGAACAUGAUCUACACAACGCAGAUUGUCCGGCUGGAUGGACUCACACUCGUUGCCUCUGUGGACGACCAGCAAGUGCAGGAGCUCAACGAGUUGAAGCAGAACAUCAGACAAGUCGUCAAGCGCAUAACGCCCAACUCCGAGCCUCGCGCCUCGAUCGAGAGCGCAAAGUACACCAUCCACUACGUAUUGAACGAUGCCGUUGCAUACCUUGCAAUUACCGAGCGAUCUUAUCCCAAAAAGCUUGCCUUGACGUACCUCGAAGACGUCCGAGCAGAAUUCCAGACCUCGUACAAGCGAGAAGACAUCCACGAUCCCCAGUUGCGACCGUAUCAAUACUCUGAGUUCGAUCGCUUCAUUGAGCGAACGAAGAAGACAUAUCAGGACUCUCGAGCAACAGACAACCUGAGUCGACUCAACGAUGAGCUCAAAGAUGUGACCCAAGUAAUGACCAAGAAUAUUGAGGACCUCUUGUACAGGGGCGACUCUUUGGAGAAGAUGGGAGAUAUGUCUUCCCGGCUUAGGGACGAUUCGCUCAAGUACAAGCGCGCUGCUGUCCGGAUUAACUGGGAACUGCUCCUCAAGCAAUACGGUCCAUUCGCUGGUCUUGGUCUCGUGAUUCUCCUUUUACUCAUCUGGAGAUUCUGGUAAUAUACUUGUGCUGUCCAUGAGCUGGUCUGUUUUCGAGAGCAUAGCCUGGCGUUUUCCCAGGAAUAGAAAGAAACAUUGCAUAGUUGCAGGUGUUCGGCAUGAUACCCAAGAGCAUUUGGAGG